CGGGGUGGGUUGUGUUUUCAUUCAGCUUUUCUUUUAUGUGUGAGUUGUGUGGCAGGAGACGCAAGAGAAAAUAGCUUUUAUUUUUCAAAAAUAACUUAUUAUCACUUUUUUGUUCUAUGGCUUGUUGGUUUUGUUCUUUUUCUUUUUUUUGAUAAUUUGCAUUUAGGAAAGAGAUGAAGUGAUGACUUCCCCUGCAGAGACCAUCAUUAAAGAAGGAAUGCUGACCAAACAGAACAAUUCAUUCCAGCGAUCAAAAAGGAGAUACUUCAAGCUUCGAGGACGGACGCUGUACUACGCCAAAACUGCAAAGUCCAUCAUUUUUGAUGAGGUGGAUCUGACAGAUGCAAGUGUGGCUGAGUCCAGCACCAAAAACGUGAACAACAGCUUUACGGUCAUCACUCCAUGUCGGAAGCUCAUCUUGUGUGCUGAUAACAGAAAAGAAAUGGAAGAUUGGAUCGCGGCACUGAAGACUGUGCAGAACAGGGAACAUUUUGAGCCCACCCAGUACAGCAUGGACCACUUCUCAGGGACGCACAACUGGUACGCCUGCUCCCACGCGAGGCCGACGUACUGCAACGUGUGCCGCGAGGCACUGUCCGGGGUCACCUCCCACGGGCUGUCCUGCGAGGUGUGCAAAUUUAAGGCCCACAAACGCUGUGCUGUGCGCGCGACCAAUAACUGCAAGUGGACCACGCUGGCCUCCAUUGGGAAGGACAUCAUUGAGGAUGAAGACGGGAUCGCCAUGCCGCACCAGUGGCUGGAAGGGAACCUCCCUGUGAGCGCCAAGUGCACUGUGUGUGACAAGACCUGCGGCAGUGUGCUGCGUCUGCAGGACUGGCGCUGCCUCUGGUGCAAGGCCAUGGUGCACACCGCGUGCAAGGAUGCGCUGCUGACCAAGUGUCCGCUGGGCCUGUGCAAAGUGUCAGUCAUCCCCCCCACGGCGCUCAACAGCAUCGACUCGGACGGGUUCUGGAAGGCCACGUGUCCUCCUUCUUGCACAAGCCCCUUGCUGGUCUUCGUCAACUCAAAAAGCGGCGACAACCAGGGCGUGAAGUUCCUGAGAAGAUUCAAGCAGCUGCUGAACCCUGCCCAGGUCUUCGACCUCAUGAACGGAGGCCCACACCUUGGCUUACGGUUAUUCCAGAAGUUUGACACGUUCCGGAUUCUGGUCUGUGGAGGGGAUGGCAGUGUUGGCUGGGUCCUCUCUGAAAUAGACAGCCUGAACCUUCAUAAACAGUGUCAGCUGGGCGUGCUGCCCCUGGGGACCGGGAAUGACCUGGCACGCGUGCUGGGCUGGGGCUCGGCCUGUGACGAUGACACGCAGCUCCCCCAGAUCCUGGAGAAGCUGGAGCGGGCCAGCACCAAGAUGCUGGACAGGUGGAGCAUCAUGGCGUACGAGACCAAGCUCCCGCGGCAGGCCUCUUCGUCCACCGUCACCGAGGACUUCAGCGAGGACUCUGAGGUGCAGCAAAUCCUCGUCUAUGAAGACUCGGUCGCAGCCCAUCUCUCUAAAAUCCUGACGUCCGACCAGCACUCGGUGGUGAUCUCCUCAGCUAAGGUGCUCUGUGAGACGGUGAAGGACUUCGUGGCUCGUGUGGGGAAGGCCUACGAGAAAGCGACCGAGAGCUCGGAGGAGUCAGAGGUCAUGGCCAAGAAGUGCUCUGUCCUGAAGGAGAAGCUGGACUCUCUCCUCAAGACCUUGGACGACGAGUCCCAGGCUUCAUCCUCUCUCCCGAACCCGCCACCCACCAUCGCCGAGGAGGUGGAAGACGGAGACGGGGCCGGCAGUGUCUGUAGCUCCUCGGGGGAGCGCGCAGUGGGCUCGGCCUGCCCCGCCCGACCGCAGAUCUUCCGGCCUCGGGAGCAGCUCAUGCUCAGGGCCAACAGCCUGAAGAAAGCCAUCCGCCAGAUCAUAGAGCACACGGAGAAAGCCGUCGACGAGCAGAAUGCCCAGACCCAGGAGCAGGAAGGCUUCGUCUCGAGUCUCUCUGAGUCAGAGGAAAAGAAGGACCUGAAGCCAGACGACAGGGUGGGCCGGCCGCCGCCUCCCAGCGAGAACUGUGGGGUCUCCAAAGGCAGGAGCCACCGCAAAGUGUCCAAAUCGCCGUGCGAGAAGCUGAUAAGCAAAGGGAGCUUGUCCGUGGGCAGCUCAGCGUCUCUCCCUCCCCAGGCGGGAAGCCGGGACACCCUGCCGGCACUGAACACCAAGAUCCUAUACCCACAUGUUCGGGCUGGGAUGUCCGGGUCCUUGCCUGGGGGUUCUGUCAUCAGUCGCUUGCUAAUUAAUGCUGACCCCUUCAACGCCGAGCCAGAGAACCUAGAGUAUUACACGGAGAAGUGUGUCAUGAACAACUACUUCGGCAUUGGUCUGGACGCGAAGAUCUCCCUGGAUUUCAACAACAAGCGUGACGAGCACCCGGAGAAAUGCAGGAGUCGAACCAAAAACAUGAUGUGGUACGGAGUUCUGGGGACCAAAGAGCUGCUGCACAGAACCUACAAGAACCUGGAGCAGAAGGUCUUGCUGGAGUGUGACGGGCGCCCAAUUCCACUCCCCAGUCUACAGGGAAUUGCUGUCCUCAAUAUUCCCAGCUAUGCCGGAGGGACCAAUUUCUGGGGGGGCACCAAGGAAGAUGACACCUUUGCUGCCCCAUCGUUCGAUGACAAGAUCCUGGAGGUGGUGGCCGUGUUUGGCAGUAUGCAGAUGGCAGUGUCACGGGUGAUAAAGCUGCAGCAUCACCGAAUCGCCCAGUGCCGAACCGUGAAGAUCUCCGUCUUGGGUGACGAGGGUGUCCCUGUGCAGGUGGAUGGCGAGGCCUGGAUCCAGCCCCCGGGCUACAUCCGUAUCGUCCACAAGAACCGGGCACAGACGCUCACCAGGGACAGGGCCUUUGAGAGCACCCUGAAGUCCUGGGAGGACAAGCAGAAGUGUGAGCUGCCGCGGCCCCCCUCUUUAUCGCUGCACCCUGAGGUCCUGUCCGAGGAGGAAUCCACCCAGAUGAGCCAGUUUGGUCAGGCGGCGGGGGCCCUCAUCCACAGCAUCCGGGAGAUCGCACAGUCCUACCAGGACAUGGAGCAGGAGCUUGCCCACGCUGUCAACGCCAGCUCCAAGGCCAUGGACCGCGUCUACGGCAAACCCUGGGCCACAGAGGGGGUAAACUGCACCUUCGUCCUGGAGAUGGUGAAUAACAUCAAGGCCCUGCGCAGCGAGACGGAGCUUCUGCUGGCUGGGAAGGUGGCCCUGCAGCUGGAUCCCCCCCAGAAGGAGCGGCUCGCGGUGGCUCUCGCUGAGAUGGACCUACAGCUCAGGAAGCUGGCGGAUACCCCCUGGCUCUGCCAGCCCCCAGAACCUGGGGAUGAAGAGAAUGUGAUGCUAGACCUUUCCAAACGCAGCCGCAGCGGUAAAUUCCGCCUCGUGACCAAGUUCAAAAAGGAGAAAAACAACAAGAACAAAGCAGCGCGCAGUAGUCUGGGAACCCCGGUGCACCUCUGGGGGACAGAGGAGGUGGCUGCCUGGCUGGAGCACCUCAGUCUCUGUGAGUAUAAGGACAUCUUCACACGGCAUGACAUCCGGGGCUCCGAGCUCCUGCACCUGGAGCGGAGGGACCUCAAGGACCUGGGCGUGACCAAGGUGGGCCACAUGAAGCGGAUCCUGUGCGGGAUCAAGGAGCUGAGCCGGGCGGCCGCCGAGGCCUAGCGUCCGUGCUAGCGGCCUGUGUGCUGCGGGCCCGGGACUGACGCUGCCGCCCAUGGUGCUACCACCCCGGCCGCCACCCGCUGCCCGCCACCCGCCGCCUGCGGGGCCUGACACCAACGCAGCUACCUUGGAGCCAGCACCUUCCACCUGAGCCCGGCGGUUGCCAGGGGCGUGCUGUGCCCCCUUCACGGAGAAGGCUUUAAAGAAGGCCUGCGGUUCCCGCUUUGCCAGCGGCAUGUGGCAUGGAGACUUUCCCUGUGCUGUUUAAUUUGAAAUGAAAAGAAAGAAAAAGCCCCUCCUGAAGUCAUGGCGGCUGUGUUCCUGAGCUGGCGGCCCAUCCUCAGGUCCUGGUCCCCUCUGUGCCGCCUUGUCCUCGAGCUCGGCCGGGGCACCCCACUCCGGCUCCUGGUCACUGGAAGGGGUGAGCUUGUCAGCCCUUCCCCCGCAGUGUUGCCUGUAGAAGCUUCCUGGCUCUGGGGGACUUUUUGUCUCCUUUCUGUGGGGGGACAUGCAGGGUCCCAGAAGUGUGGCGGCCUUGGGCAGGGUCUGUGGGGCCCUGCUUCCUGUCCACUGGGGGCUGGGAGCUGUUCUGAGAGCCACUGACCCAGCGGGGGGCUGUUGAUACCUAGUGCUGCUGUGGGGACUCUAACUCCAAGGCACCCCACACCCUGGCACCCCUCUGUCCGCAACCACAGAGGCGGUGUGAGCUCCAAACCCGAGACAGGUGGUGACAGCAGGGAAGGGCAGUGCCAGCGUGGGGGGAGGGCAGGAGCUGAAGCCCAGGGAACAGGCCUUCGGCCCCAGGACCUUGAGGUCACUGCCGCUGACUGUGCCCUUACCCCUUCCAAAGAUGCUUAUGCCCCCCCGGGGCUCGGGAUACAUCCUGGAAAGGGGCUUACCUCAACAAAACCCCGGAGUGGGGCAAGCGGCACCGGCCAGGCCCCCUCUUGGAGUCAGCCCCCCACCUGACUCACCCCAUUUCACAGGCCAGGAGGCAGCGUGUGGUCCAUGGGCCCACAGAGCCAGGGGUGGACUCGGGCCCCUGGAGGCGCUGAUGAGUGGAAGGUAGUUACGGACUCCUGACGGACUCGAUUUCAGAAGUGCAGAUUGGGUGGGCCCUGCCCCUGUGACUGAGGUGCUCCUGUGAUGGUCCUUGGGGGCUGGGCCAAACCUCAGGGGAGUGUGGGCUCUGGGUGAGGUGACCCGUCCCCCCACCCGAGUGCGGUGCCUCACUGGGGCUCCAGGCCCUGCCGUCAGGCCAGGUCCCCAUGACUGAGUCUCCUGUCCCCAGGCGAGGCGGUGUGUGAGGACUCGUGAGUGAAGGCACCUCAGCUCUGCACGCAGUCCUGGUUGCCUCUUUAGAAGUAACGAGGGGUGGAAAACGGGUUGCACGCCACCUUUCCCAUUCUGUGAUUCUGUUUCCCAUCACCACAGUCAUUUUAGGUGGAGGUAGUUUGAGAACGAAAUACUCUUAAGUGUCCACCAGAAAUCACUAGCUUUUCAAGCUAACAAAGGAGGUAAUGGUACCAGAUUUGGGGGGUGCUCUCCUGGAUCAGAGGGUAGGGUACGCCCCCGGGAUUGUGAGUCUUCAGAGCCGCCUCCAGGGCCAGCUGGGCCUUGUGAGGAGGGUGCACAGGGCCAAGAGACAUGGCAGACCUUGCAGUGAUGAGGGGCAGUGUCUGGGGCACCACGAGUCCCUAAUGUCCGCACUUACAAAGCCUUUGGUUUGGGUCGAAAGUAUUGUUUAAAAUUAGUUUGUUGUCAGUGAUUAAAAAACACUGUGUAAAAACUGUUUUUCUAGUUCCAGUAAGUUAGAAUACGAAGGAAUAAACAUGGGUUUUGUGUGACCCUGCCCACGAGGCUCCUCUGCCCACAAAGUCCCUGCUGUGCUGCCGAAGGGCCCGGAGAAGGGGUCCCUGAGGGGCCUUGUGUCCUGGAGGAAAGGUUUUGUGGCCUCGGGUGGGACCUACCCCUCAUAUUUAUAAUCUUAAUUUAUACAGUGAUCCCCGUGGAAGAGAUGCCUCUUGUAUUGUUAUGUACAUAGUCCGUAUCUGAUGGUUGUAAAUAAGUCGUCCUGUGAAUAAAACAAGCCUGUUUCUGACCUUCCAUUGUCAGAGUCCUUUUCAUCAUUCUUUGUGCUCUGACAUAAAAUCGUGGCUGCCAAAAUCUUUCCACACUGGAUU